UAAAUCUGUGCACUUCGGUAAAAUGUCAAGGUACAACUUCCACAACGCGAGGCUCAACAUGUGCUACGGUGGCGACCGAUUGCCGUCGAGAGACGACGUUUUAGAGCCUCGAUCGGCGGUGUCCGAGGGCGUUGUGAUGGUGGAAAAUAUGAGAGACCGGCUAGCGGAGACGGAGGCGCGUCUGGAGCGAGCCAGAGCGAGGGAAGCCGAGUUGAGCCGCCAACUGGAGGAGAUGAAGAAGUACGUUCACGUGAUGGAGAUUUUGGAAGCCUACCUACGGCGCCGAUAUGUAGAGCAACAGGAUCAGCUCAUUCAGCUCUACUCGGCGGUUUUGGGUUUCGUCGCCCUGGCAAAAUCCACAGCCCUAAUCUUCCGCAAUUCCGUCAUCAGUCGGUGUCGUCAUAUCCAAAGUGCUGGAUUGAUCUGCUACAGGUCAAGAAAGGAAAAACCUUUCUUUCUGGUCGUUCAUUGGGCUUCAUCUCCUACAGCACAGGGGAAUUGUAAGUUCUUAAGCAAAUUUUCAAAUUUUUUUAGUGAAGCGUUGGGGUUCUUCAGGAUUGCUUAUAGGAAGAAGAUUGCUUAUAGGAAGAAGAUCGAAUCAGAAAAGCAGAAUCUCAAAUCCGCCUUCUUGUGA